AUGGCUGCAGGGCCUUCUGAACGAGCGAGCUACACCUUCUUCGACCUGGCACAGCAGCCCUUGGACCUUCCCCAGGAGCCCCUGUCGGAGGUGGACCUGAUCAGUGAUGAGGACAGCCAAGGCGGCCUCCCUGUCUGCCCCAUAUGCUUGGGAGAGAUAUUCGACCUCCGGGACAAAGCGGUGGUCAUCUCCUGCAUGCAUGUCUUCUGCCUCGCCUGCAUCUCGCGCUGGUCCUCUCUCAAGAAGUCCUGCCCUCUCUGCAAGAGCCGCAUACAAGGCUACAUGUACAAUAUACUGUCGGUGACGGACUAUCAGGAGCGGAUUCUGCCGGCGACGCCGCCGCGUGCCAAAACGCCGCCCAGCCCGGUGCAGCAGCGGCAGCGGGGAGUUGCGCUUAUUGACGCGCGACCAUCCGGGGGCGUGCGGCGUGAUGCGGGCAGAGGGCAGCUACCCGGCGGGCAGCCGCUGCUGCCUGACCGGCCCGGCGACCGCACAUCGGUGUUCCGCCGGGGCCGAGAGCAGAUCGAGGAGUUUGUACCAGGCAUUUGGCCGCCGGUCAGGGCUGCGCGCAGCAUGGAUGCCAGCACGAGCUCGCGACAUGCACCCUUGAAGGAGCCGCGCCCUUACUUUUACAGAGUGCAGGCUCAGGCGCAGUCCCAGGUACUGGGCGGACCCCUCGCCGGCAGAGGGGGAUCUAGGGCGGUCGAUGGCGCGUCUUCACAGCAAGAUGCAGUCGAAGCGUGGCGGCGGCACGUCUAUGUGCAGGGAAUGCGCGCAGUGCCCAUGGAGGAGGCGGCGGUUGCCGGCCAGCCGGGAAUGUCGGAGGAUCGGCGCGCGGCGCGGCUAAGCGCGUGGGUCGAUCGUGAGCUGCGUUCCCUCCUGCAGACCGAUGACGUCGCCAUCGUGCGCGCUUAUGUCAUGGGCCUCGUGCGGGGGAUUGGGUUCGCCCGCUCCGGUGAUGGCACUGAGCCGCCGGCCAGGCAGCCACAGGGUGCUGUUGGCAGUGGGAGGGGUGGCGAGCAGACAGACGCGGUAGCGGCGUUGCGGCCCUUUCUGCAGGAGCAUGCCGAGCACUUCUGGCACGAGCUGCGGUGCUUUGCAGCCGUGCCUCUUUCCAUGCAGACCUACGACCGGCUUGUCAGAUACAAAGAUCCCCGGCAAGCAGCAGCAUCCUCCCCCACACCAGUGCCUUCCACCGACUCCUCAUCCACAGCCGCUCUUCUUGAGCCGCUGCCGCGCAGCCGAGCCGGCAGCGCCGUGGCCGGGGCCCCCCGCCCAACGGUGGAGGACCCACAGCCGAGCAGUGGCCACCGGGGGAACCGUGGCGGGAGCCCCGAGCUGAGCAGGAAGCGGCGGCGCUUCAGCAGCCGCCCGCCAGAGGAGGCCGGCUCUGAUGGGGCGGUCGGCGGCCGGGAGUCUGAUAGUCGGCAUCCCAGGGAUCAGGUGCCAUUCCGGCAGAAGCUUGACAGAGCAUAUGACCCUUCUGCCAGGAACUGCAGCAGCAGCGUGACAAGAGCAUAA